AUCAACUAAUUCGAGAAAAAUGUAACGAGCCAACAAGGAUAAAGUAGCGGUAUAAGGUCGAACUAUAUUCAAAAGUCGCACUAGUUUGUCAUUUCACUUUAUCCCGUUCCUGGUCUGUGUUGUUUUUCUUGUGGUUCCCGGGAAGAUUUAUAGAUGAAAUUAUUAGUGGUGAUCCUCUUAAUUGGGGCCUGCCAUUCCGCCCCUCAUGAAGGCCUUCCUCUUCUCAACCCCGGAGGUAUCGGAGGAGUCUUCAAGGGUCCAAACUCGGAAACCAUCAUCCAAGGACCUGACGGCAGUCAAAUCACUUCGAAAGAGGAAAGCGGAUCUAUCGUACAAAAUGACGGAUUAGCCAGCAGCCCCAUUAUUGUUGCUGAGUCAGAGAUAGCGUUACCAGCUCCGGUACUCUCCGAAGAGCUUCUCGCUCCAUCUGUAGGACCAAUAAUCUCAUCUACAGGAGCUCCCAUAAUAUCUUCGGUAUCUCCAGAACUCCUUACAGGUGAAAUAGAUCCUCAAAGGUUAGACAUUGCACCACUGCCUCAGGUACCUAUCGAGCAAGUGGUGCCUCUCGCAGGCAAACCAAUUGAAAUAGUAGAGCAAGAUCCCCAUAUCGUAGAAACGGAGAUAAUUGAGGCUCCUGAAGUUGAACCAGAGCAAAGUUCCGACCUCCAGGGACCAUCUGGAAGGAUAAUCACUAAAGGUUCUGCCUCUAUUGUAUCCGGGCCAGCGUCAACCACAAUUACUGAGCCUAGAAAGAUCAUUUUUGCCCCACCGAAGAUCAACAUCCCUAUAGUAGAGGCUCCGUUACCAGUAGCUCCACUACCAAUAGCUGCAGUAUCUACCGUAUCACCCUUACCAGUAGUGGUUGCUUCUACAGUAACUCCACUGCCAACUGUUUCCUUGGAGUCCAGAUCUACGCUUGUUCCUGACGGCUUAAGCUACUCGAGUACCCCUGCCUCUAUUGACUUAGGAUAUUCUACUAGCAUUGCUCCUAACUUAGGAUCUGCAGUGUCUACUGUUGGAUAUGAUUCUAGUAGGAUUGAUCUAGGUGGGGGAGACCUUGGGCAAUCAAUACCAGUAUUGAGCCUCAGUGCAUCCAAUGGCAUAAUUAAUGGACAAAACCUAGGAGCCGUAGGUGCUAUUUCUACCACUGAAGCCCCCGUUUUGUCUAGCACUCUUAGUGCUAUAUCUACUGAGGGCUAUCAGAUUUCGGAGAACCACCCAGUACCUUCAGCUUAUCUGUCAGCACCGGCUGUACCCACUGUAAUUCCAGAUGGCUUUUCAACUGCUGCCAAUAUUCAGAAGAUACCGAGGAUAGAGCAGUCUCUUGCUGUAGAUGAUAGAAUAGAUAUGGGCUAUCCGCAGUACACAAGACCCUCGCCACGACCCUAUAGACUCCCUCAGGUGUUGGGAGAUGCCUUGUCAAACUUUUAUGCCAAAAAUUCUCUAAGAAAUAACGAAAACCUUAUUGGAAUCGAUGAUAAAAUGGGUGAAUUAACCCAAAACGAAAUAUCCAAAUACGAUCCAAGAUCUUACCUAAACUCGCCAGACCUCGCACAAUCCAAAUAUCUUGGACCCGCUUUGGCCAGAAACGGUUUGGACCCCUCUCAAGUUCAACUCGACGAAGUGCCACUGUCAAGUGUAACCAGGUUUGCCGACGGCGCAUAUAAAUCCAAUAUAAGAUACGGACGUCAUGCAAAAGGAAAAAAUUAAUGUUACUUUAUUAUAAUUAAAGUUAUGAGGCACUAGUCAUAAAUUUAUUAGAGUGAGGGCAUUAGCUAAUAAAUUUUUAUAUUUAGUGUAAGUUUGUAUAUAAACGUUCUUCUAUCUAUAGUGUUAGGAUACUUUUUAACGUACAAAACUUAAUUAAUAUAUUAGAGGCAGAUUAAAAGCAA